AUGGAGCGAGAGGAACUAGCCUUCACACGACGAAAAGUCGAAAUAUAUGAAGACUUGCUUCGCGAUCUUUUUGAUAAAGUUGAAGACAAGGAUGCACAGCGUAUAACAAAGGCUCUCACCGAUCCAACGUCUGGCUUUCGCCGACGUGAGCCCAGUCAACCGAGAGCUUCCUCCCCGUCUUCUGUCUCCUCGGUUGGGUCUCUUGAUGCCAUCGAUUCGGUCGACGAAGACAUCAACCGCAAUGAGCAUAGCAGAGCCACGGGGUACAUGGGGAAAAAUUCCGAAGUAGCAUGGAUGCAAAGAUUGGAGGCAGAAUCCAGAAGAUGGAGCUGCGAGGAUAAUUCUGCGGCGGGCAUACCUCACCAUCAACUUCCAGAUGAGGACUCCUUUUCCUCGGUCAACUAUCAUCUGGAUGAUCUAUAUUCUCAGGACAUAGCAUCUUCGGAUCCUUUCGCACUGGAUCCUUUCGCACUACCAGAUAAACACUCAGCCGACAAACUGCUUUAUGCCUAUCUUGAUAAGAUUCAUCCUUCUUUACCGAUCAUUCGAAAGGAUCUUUUCUUGGCACAAUACAGCCAAGUCUUAUCCAAUUCUCAAAUCAACCCCGGCAAACGGUGGCUUGGAGUUUUGAACAUGGUUUUCGCAAUUAGUUGCCAGUUCACCAAUUUGAGUUGUUCUGAUAAUGAAGGUCAGGCAAAUGAGAGGACAUUCUUCCGUCGGGCAAACUCACUCCUUGCCUCCGAUGAUCUCAUCAACAGCCACGAUGACCUGCAAAAAGUGCAGUUUAUGGCUCUUGUGGCAUUCUAUUUUCUGACGAGGUCUCAGAUCAGCAGGUCAUGGAAAAUGAUCGGUAUAGCUGCACGUGCAGGCAUCGCUUUGGGGCUCAAUUUUCGGAGGACGAACAACAAGCUCGACUCAGCGUCAAAUGAGGCAAGGAUGCGCUUGUGGUGGUCAGUAUUUUAUUUAGAGCACCUCCUUUCUGUCAUGACUGGGCGGGUUUCCUGCUUAGGUGAUGGUUCUUGCUCGGCACCCCUACCUCUGCCGUUUGAUACCAUAGAAGGGAAAGCCUUAAGUGGGUACUCGUCACGGCAAAUUCCAUACUCAGCAGACGUUCUAUGGCUGAUCCAGCAACCCGAGCGAACUGAAAAUCGACCUGCAUGGUUGAAGGAUAUGCCACUCAGCGAGUCUCUAUACUCCUUCUACCUGGUCGACAUCGCUCUCAUUACCCACAGAAUCACCAAUAAGGUGUAUAGUACCGACAUUGCCAGUCGUGGUUGGGCACACAUCAAGGAUCACGUCAGUCUCUACAACAAAAAAUUGGAGCAGUGGCUGUCUGAGCUCCCGUCGUCUUUGGCAUUCGAUGGCAGUCGAAUGAACCAUUCGCCCUACCAAAUAUCUCUCGCACUUCAUUACUAUAGUGCUUGCAUUGUCAUCAACCGGCCUUGUCUCACGCGUCCGGAGACUGACGAGAAAACCGGCAUCCAGAUUCCUCGGUCUAUGUUCGGCAAUGAAAGUGCUAUGCAAUGCUUGCAUGCUUCGCUGGCCCUUCUGGAGGUGAUACCAGACCACCCGGACACCCAAUGGGUAUAUAAUAUCGCUCCCUCUUGGGCUCUCUUGCACUUCAUGAUGCAAGCCACGGUCGUUCUACUUCUCCAUCUCUCUAUUGGCUCAGUUCCACUGUGUACUGAAACGGCCGCGAUGGAUGGGCCAAGCGAAGAUGUUGCUGUGAUCGCUGCUGUAAAAAAGGCGCUUCGAUGGUUAGAACUUCUCGGAGAAGACGAGCAAUCCUCCAGAAGAGCAUUUGAGUUCUGCACGUAUUAUUGGGAUACUGAAGGUGGAGGAAUCACAGCACCCUCGGCCAGCAGUAUCACCGGCGGAUCACAGAAGACUAAGUUUUAG